AUGACGUCGCGCAAGGAGUUUGUGCAGGUAUUUGGUAGAAAGAAAUCAGCCACCGCCGUGGCUUUGUGCAAGGCUGGGAAUGGAAUGAUACGUGUCAAUGGUCGUCCCUUAGCACUGCUUCAGCCUGAGCCCUUGUUGCCUAAAGUCAUGGAACCUAUCAUGCUUAUCGGACAGGACAGGUUUGAACAUUUGGAUAUUAGAAUUCGUGUUAGCGGUGGUGGUCGCGUAGCGCAGGUGUAUGCGAUUCGUCAGGCCCUCGCUAAGGCUGUUAUUGCUUAUCACCAGAAAUUUGUUGAUGAGUUUUCUCGCAAGGCUCUCAAGGAUACCCUUGCUGAGUUUGAUAGGACUCUGGUAGUCGCUGAUCCUCGUCACUGCGAGCCGAAGAAAUUUGGCGGACCUGGUGCACGCGCUCGCUACCAGAAAUCAUACCGUUAA